UUCUAUAUAACUACCAGUUAUUUAAAAAUGGACGAGCUCGUCACUGACAAAAUGCACUUGAUCUCAAAUACCCCUGGAUUUGAUCUAAAUUUUAAUUCUUCCAGUCUUAAUCCCGCCUAAAACAGGUGACUUUUAGCGAAAAGGUGGUGAAUUAUAAUGAAUAUAUAAUGCAACAAUUAAAGUUAUGGCCUUCUUUUACGCCAGCAAAUGUAUACGCAGUCUUGCAUCCUGGAAAUGACCCAGGUCAACGGCAAUAAUAUUUAAAAUAAAAAAAUCCCCGAUUGAUUGAGAGAUAUGGACUUGAACAUAUCCUGUACCGAAUGACAGAUUAUACCAGAAGAUGCUACUACAAUUUCUCUUUCUUGCUACAUAUUCUAUACUGUAGCGGAGUCUUUCUUAACCACUCCUUUCCUCGCUCCAUGAUCCCGGUAGUGACGAUGUGAAGUCCCGUCUGCCAUUGGAAACUAGUCACGACCAUGGUUCUUUGCGGUGCUCACGUCAAGAUGCUACUCCGCUGAAGCUGAUGAGGGCGUUCCAUCUUGUUGGGCAGUCACAAUAUACGUGUUUUCGUCUAUUAACAGUUGGUUUUCCAGACUUUUUGGACUUUUUAAAGACUACUGUUUUGUGCCAUAACUGAUGCGCAGUGGAGAGCAUUGCCAUGUUUCCUGUGUAGUUAUUAUUUUUAUAGUGUUUGUGUCAUAUAAGUGUACUUGUGCCUAAAAACACAGAGAUGAACAGGUAUUUACCAGUCGCCCGUCAGCAUUUUCUCUCAGCUCUCGCUAGCACCAGUGUGGUGGUGAAGUCAAUAUGUGCCACUGUGGUGGUUUUGUACGUUGUGUCCUUUGUGGUAGAUAUCGUUUUUGCACUUGGAGUAACUCCAGGUUUCCUCUUUCCUCCAAAUUUCUGGAUCUGGACUUUGGUCACUCAUCCUGUUGUUGAGUAUCACAUCUGGGACGUUGCCCUCAGCCUCGGUACAGUGGUAUUGGCUGGCAGGCUUUUGGAACCUCUCUGGGGAGCAUUAGAACUUCUUAUUUUCUUUGCAGUUGUGAAUGUAUCAGUUGGCAUUUUGGGAGGCUUGUCUUACUUGCUUACCUAUAUCACAACUUUUAAUCUGGACUACCUUUUCAGAGUCCACAUCCAUGGUAUGCUUGGCUUUCUUGGAGGUGUUCUUGUAGCCCUUAAGCAGACUAUGGGUGAUACUAUUGCCUUGAAAGUUCCACAGGUACGUAUGAGAGUAGUUCCUAUGCUUUUGCUGCUGGCAUUUGGAGUUCUGAAGCUUACACCACUUGUUGAAACUAAUAUGCUGGCCUCAUACGGUUUUGGCAUCCUUUCUAGCUGGAUAUACCUUCGUUUUUACCAGAAACAUAGCAGAGGUCGGGGGGACAUGUCUGACCAUUUUGCUUUUGCAACAUUCUUUCCUGAGAUCUUGCAGCCUGCUGUUGCAGUAAUUGCAAACCUGAUCCAUACCAUCCUCGUGAAGGUGAAAGUGUGCAGGAAGACGGUGAAACGCUAUGAUGUUGGAGCGCCAUCCUCAAUUACUAUUAGCUUGCCUGGUACUGAUCCACAGGAUGCUGAACGAAGAAGACAAAUUGCCCUCAAGGCACUAAAUGAACGAUUGAAGCGCUCUGAAGACCAUUCAGCUUGGCCAGAUAUGGAAGAGGAAGAUGAAGAAGAAAAUAUAAACGCCCCAUCAAUUUCAGAGAAAACCAAGCCUGGAAAAGAAGCUUUGGAUGGGAGCAAAUCUACAAGUUUGGAAUCGAGCAUCAUCACAUUUGAAGAAGCCAUUUCCCAGUCAUAAAAUCAUGCCAGAAGGAAUCAGAUUGACCCUGAAUGGCAAGCUGCUGCUGUCCUUGUGCCCUUCAUUUGUGAUUGCAGCUUUGUUCACACUACUGCCCAACAAAAACAGAAUAAAAGACAUUGUUGAAGGCAGCAUAAUGUAAAUGUGUCCAGAUUGGGAGCUUCUGUAUUUCAGAGAGUAUAUGAACACUAACCAGAAAACAUCAUAUUUGCUCAUUUCAGUUGGAUAGCUUGUAAUGUGCAGUGAACAGGGGUGAACCAAGUACAGAUUAUUUGUUAGGCUGCUGAUAAACUAUCAUCACUGUACUUCAUAGGUAUGUACUAGGCAAAUGACCACUCAGGCCUUUUUUGAGGCUAGGCAUGCAUUCCAAAUUUCUGGCAACUUUUUGGUACCCUUGGUAAGUGUAAGCAGGGGCUUCGGAGAUGAAGCAUUUACAAGCAAGGGCCUGGGAGAUUAACCAUUUAGAGGCUGCCUGUGUCCUUUAGAGAUAUAGACUCCAAACCAGGGAUGAACGUCAUGUUCCCCAUCCAACUGUCCAAGUUGCACUUGAAUUUGGUUAAGGAGGAACUCUUCGUGUGGAUGAGGAGCCUGUUCCCUGUGUUAGCCACUCUGGGUCUGUCUUGCAGCUGUAUUUUAAUGUUUCUGUGGUGAUGGUUUUGUGAAUGUCACAUUGACAUCUUUAACUCUUCACAGAAACUUAUCUGAUCUAAGUUGUAUUUUAGCAAUGUUCUGUGCUGGAAAUCUUUCUGAGUAAGGAUACCCAUGUUUGGUUCAGUGUAUUAUGUAUAUAUAUAUAUAUAUAUAUAUAUAUAUAUAUAUAUAUAAAAUCAGCUUCAGUUUAAUACAGCAAAUUAUUUCUGAUUCUGUAUUAAUAGCGGUACACAAUGUACAGUUUCUUCAAUGGUUCCAGACAAAUUGUUUUGUGUGUCCUAAGGAAGUACUUCCCCUUUCAUGCCAAUCAUGUUCAAUCCAAGAAUCUGAACUGUUUUUUCUUAAUACUGUUGAACUGUAUUCAGUUGUAAGAAAUGGCAUGCUGCCAGAAUUUAUUUUUGACAUCUUUGGAGUCAUAAUAUUGAGUUAAUGACUUUAGAAGCCAAGUUGGAAGUAUUAAAAGUCUUCUGCUUGUUUUGCAAACAUUAAUAUGACACAAGCCAAGCAAUAAUUCUAUUUCAGUUGGCAAAAGCUGAAAAAAGGUUGAUUUGAGUUUUGAGAAUGUUGAAUGAUCUAUUUUAAUGAAGCAAGCACUGAAAAUUCCUUUGACUGCUUUCCUAUAUGUUUGGGUACUAUUCGUUUUAUGUAGAAUUAUUGAAUGGGAUGGCGUGUAUUUCUGAAAGUGGAGUCAGAGGACUUUUCAGUGAAGAUCACCUUCCUUUUAGACCUUGAAGUUCACUUCUUGUCUCAGAGAUUAGAGUGACUUCUGGAUAACAUUUAGGUUUAGAGUAGCUAUCCACAGCCAGAUAUCGUUAAGAAGUGGAGCUGCUUUUGUAUUGACUCUAAAGCUUUUAAUGGUUACUAGGAGUACUGUUUCCUUUGAUUGUUCAUAUAGCCUUCACUUUUUUAAUUAAACCUUUCGGAAAUUUGACAUUUCCCUUAACUAGGGAACUGUAAUGUGCAUUUAAUCUAUGCAGGGCAGCAUUUGAAAUGGUAAUUGGGAUGCUGUGCUAUUGAAGUUUAUACUUUGGGUUUUGUCAUGACCCCAUAACAUUAUUUGGGUGUCCGAUUAUUCUUCCUUAAAAAGGUUGAGGGCAAUAACAUUUUUUUUUAAGAAUAUGGGCCAGAUACCUUAAUACUUUUUUCAGGGCUGUCUUUAAUAAAUUUCACCACUGUAACUGCUUCAGACACUAUGAUCCCAUAGAGGACUUCCCAUUGUCUUUUUAGACAGUAUCAAUGCCAGCUUCAAGCUUUCAUUUCUACUGAUUUCACCUAAGUUACAGAAGGACAUUUAGUCCAUUUUCCUCCCAUUUCGCCAUUGCUUUGUGUACUUGUUUUCUGUUGAUGCAGUAAAACAGUUUACAUUUCAUCACCUGUGGAUUUUCUUUCAUGUGACCAAUUACUUAUUUCUUUUAUAAACAUUUUCCUCUCUUUUGAA